CUCCUUCUCUUACUAAUGAACCCUUACAUUCUAGCAAUCUUCCUUUCAAGUUUAGGCCUUGGCACAACCCUCACCUUUGCCAGCUCCCACUGACUGCUAGCCUGAAUAGGACUUGAAAUCAAUACCCUAGCCAUCCUUCCCCUCAUAGCCCAACAACAUCACCCCCGAGCAGUAGAAGCCACAACCAAAUAUUUCCUUGCCCAAGCAACCGCAGCAGCAACCAUUCUAUUUGCAAGCACCACAAAUGCCUGAAUUAUAGGAGAAUGAAAUAUUAACCAUCUCUCUCACCCUAUCGCAGUUACAAUUGUUACAAUAGCCCUAGCACUAAAAGUAGGCCUGGCCCCUAUACACUUCUGAAUACCAGCAGUAUUACAAGGACUAGACCUUACGACAGGACUAAUCAUAGCCACCUGACAAAAACUAGCACCAUUCGCACUACUAAUCCAAAUUGCCCCAUUUUCACCCCCAGCUUUACUAACUACCCUAGGCCUAUUAUCAACCCUUGUAGGAGGAUGAGGGGGACUAAACCAAACCCAACUACGAAAAAUUUUAGCUUACUCAUCAAUUGCACACCUAGGAUGAAUAAUUGUUAUCCUACAAUUUAUACCCCAACUCACCCUACUAACACUAGGCAUUUACAUUGCCAUAACAAGCGCAACCUUCCUGACAUUCAAAUUUAUAUCAACAACAAAAAUCAAUACAUUAGCAUUAGCCUGAACCAAAACGCCAACCAUCACAACAACAGCAGCCCUAAUUCUCCUAUCACUAGGGGGUCUCCCCCCUAUGACCGGAUUCAUACCAAAAUGAUUGAUCCUACAAGAAAUGACAAAACAAGGCCUCCCCCUAACCGCAACCAUCCUUGCCCUUAGCGCCCUCCUAAGCCUAUAUUUUUACCUGCGCCUCUGCUAUGCAAUAACCUUAACAAUUUCACCUAAUACAAACAAUGCCACAACCCCCUGACGCUUGCCAAACACCCAAACAAGCCUUCCCCUAGCUAUUCUCACAACUGCAGCCCUCACAUUACUUCCCCUCACCCCAGCAACCCAGGCACUAAUCCACUA